CUCUCCUAAUUAUAGUUCCCUUUUAUCCUUGUUGGGUCGAAUCGGGAAUUCUGGACCGUGCACCUCUCUUAGCAUCUGGCUGAACCGUCUCUUCUUCUUGUGUCCAAGAUGUUGUCGCGAAGCUCCCUCCGGACCGCGCAGGUCCUCCGCGCUGCUGCCCAGCCCCAGCAGCUCACCCGAUCAUUCGCGACCGUCCAGUCCGACAUCUUCAAGCCCGCCAAGUUCGGCGGCAAGUACACCGUGACGCUGAUCCCCGGUGAUGGUAUCGGUGGAGAGGUUGCCGAGUCUGUCAAGACCAUCUUCAAGGCCGACAACGUGCCCAUCGAGUGGGAGCAGAUCGAGGUCUCCGGUGUCGAGGAGAGCGCCCUGCGAACCGAGGAGGCCUUCCGCGAGAGCGUUGCGUCUCUCAAGCGCAACAAGCUGGGCCUCAAGGGUAUCCUCCACACGCCCGUCAGCCGCUCCGGCCACCAGAGCUUCAACGUCGCCAUGCGCCAGGAGCUCGACAUCUACGCCAGCAUCUCGCUGAUCAAGAACAUCCCCGGCUACGAGACGCGCCACAAGGACGUCGACCUGUGCAUCAUCCGUGAGAACACCGAGGGUGAGUACUCCGGCCUGGAGCACCAGAGCGUGCCCGGCGUCGUCGAGUCGCUCAAGAUCAUCACCCGCGCCAAGUCCGAGCGCAUUGCCAAGUUCGCCUUUGCCUUUGCCCUCGCCAACGGCCGCAAGAAGGUCACCUGCAUUCACAAGGCCAACAUCAUGAAGCUGGCCGACGGUCUGUUCCGCAGCACCUUCCACCAGACCGCCAAGGAGUACCCCACCCUCGAGGUCAACGACAUGAUUGUCGACAACGCCUCCAUGCAGGCCGUCUCCCGCCCCCAGCAGUUCGACGUCAUGGUCAUGCCUAACCUGUACGGCGGCAUCCUGUCCAACAUUGGUGCUGCCCUGGUUGGCGGCCCCGGUAUCGUCCCCGGCUGCAACAUGGGCCGUGAGGUUGCCGUCUUCGAGCCCGGCUGCCGUCACGUCGGUCUCGACAUCAAGGGCAAGGACCAGGCCAACCCCACAGCCAUGAUUCUCAGCGGCAGCAUGCUCCUGAGACACCUUGGCCUCGACGACCACGCCAACCGCAUCUCCAAGGCUGUCUACGGCGUUAUUGCCGACGGCAAGGUCCGCACUCGCGACAUGGGCGGCGAGUCCACCACCCACGAGUUCACCAAGGCCAUCCUCGACCGCAUGGAGACCAUCUAAAUACCACAUACUAGCCGUUAAGGCGAGAAAAAAAAGAUUUACACCCAGCACGACCACUAACAAAAACCCACACCUUUCUCACAUUACCUCGACCAGGCGUGUUUGGAAAAAAAAUGAUACCUCAAACCUUAGAAGCCGAAGGCGAUGCGGAGCGACGCCGCUGGAAUUCAAAACUAAAGGGCAAGAAACAAAUCAAGGCCAGAUAAAUUGGUAUUGGGGGCAGGGGGGCGAUAUCAUG